AUGUAUGCGACUGAACAGAGGUUGGAUAACGGAUCGAUUGUGGGUUGGAAGAAAGGUUGGAAGACAGAAAGCGAACCACGAAUAUUAUGUGCAGAAAAUGAAGUAUCACUGAUGUCACUGGUAAGUUCGACGCUCUCCCUGAAUCCAAAGAUUGUUGUAGAGGGUCGGGCUGCUCCUCCAUGCCGUAUGCUGAGCGCUGAUGCGGGUUUCACGCAAGUUCUGAAUCCUAGUGGGUUGAAGUGA